AUGAACCGGUACAGCAGGACUGUAACGCAGCCGAAAAGUCAGGGAGCAAGUCAGGCUAUGCUGUAUGCGACCGAUGGCAUAAGAGACGAUGACGACUUCAAUAAGGCAAUGGUCGGGGUGGCCAGUGUGUGUUGCAAUCGCCACUUAUUAGGCAUUGGUCAGCGCGUCAAGGCCUCACUAACGAACGCCGGCAUCAUUGGCUACCAGUUCGGUACUGUCGGCGUCAGCGAUGGUAUCAGCAUGGGGACCAAGGCAAUGUCCUAUUCUCUACAAUCUCGGGAUCUCAUUGCGGACCAAGUCGAGACAGCGGCUGGCGGCCACUGGCUAGACGGCAUGGUCGUUAUCCCUGGCUGCGAUAAAAAUAUGCCUGGCGUUCUGAUGGCAUUGGGAAGGUUGAACAGACCUGGAUUAAUGCUCUACGGCGGUUCAAUACGACCAGGUUCUUGCGGUGGCGGUACACUUGACAUCGUGUCCGCCUUCCAAGCGUAUGGAAAAUACUUGCAAGAUGGUAAGACAGCGGAUGCGGAGAAGGAACGGUACAAUAUUAUUCGGCAUGCGUGUCCCGGGCCCGGUGCUUGUGGCGGGAUGUAUACGGCGAACACUAUGGCUAGUGCCGCGGAGGCCAUGGGAAUGACCCUACCUGGUUCCGCCUCGUUUCCUGCUACGCACGAGGAUAAGCUGAAUGAAUGCGACUCGGUCGGUGCUACGAUGCGCAAUUUACUCGAGAAGAAUAUUUUGCCCCGGGACAUAAUGACUCGGUCGGCCUUUGAGAACGCUAUGGUACUGACAAUGAUACUCGGCGGCUCCACCAACGCCGUAUUACACCUCAUCGCGAUCGCGCACUCCGUAGGCAUUGAACUGAAUAUCGAGGAUUUCCAAAACGUAUCCGAUCGUAUACCUUUCAUCGCGGACCUGAAGCCUAGCGGCAAGUAUGUCAUGGAAGACGUCCACAAAAUUGGCGGUAUCCCAAAGAUCCUGGCGUAUCUCCUAGAGAAGAAACUGAUUGACGGUAACAACAUGACGGUCACUGGGCUGACACUGGGCGAGAACCUCGAUAGAUGGACGCACAAAUACGGCAAGUUAUCCUUCACUGAGCAGGACGUCAUCCGUCCCUUAGAGGAGCCCAUUAAGGAGUCAGGACAUAUCAGAAUCCUGAGAGGUAACUUAGCGCCCGGCGGUGCUGUCGCUAAGAUCACUGGUAAAGAGGGUCUCCACUUCACCGGCAAAGCCCGCGCCUUCGAUACAGAGGAUGAUUUUGUCAAGGCUGUUGAGAGCGGCUCCAUCAAGAAGGGUGAAAAGACUGUCGUCGUGCUGCGCUACCUCGGUCCGAAGGGCGGUCCAGGUAUGCCAGAGAUGUUGAAGCCCACUAGUCUUAUCAUGGGCGCGGGUCUCGGGCACGACGUCGCUUGUCUCACCGAUGGACGCUUUAGCGGCGGAUCCCACGGGUUUGUCAUAGGUCAUGUCGUACCUGAGGCCCAGGUGGGGGGUCCAAUUGCGCUCGUCCAAGAUGGUGAUGUUAUCAGCAUCGAUGCGGUGAAGAAUUCUAUUGAGGUCCAUGUUCCACCUGAGGAGCUGGAAAGCAGACGGAAAGCUUGGUCUGCCCCUCCGUUGAAGGUCAGCCAAGGAACAUUGUACAAAUACGUGAAGCUGGUUGAGGAUGCCAGUCACGGUUGUAUCACCGACGCAUGA